AUGCUGUUCCUCAAGGCUCUUGGACUUCUCCCCUUCGUGGCCAUGACACUUGCCGGUUCCUCGAAGUUUGCAGACACCUGCCAGAAUAUCGAUGGCGAAGGUACAACCCUUCGUGGAGAGUGCCAUGUAUCGCCUAAUGGCCAGCUUCAAACCAGCUCAAUUGACCUGAACCGUUGCCUCAAGAACGACAAGGGCACGCUUAAGUGUGGAAAGAACGGUCACUACUCCGGCUCUUGCAUUAAUUGCACAAUGCGUGGCCACGCCGAUUUCACCUGCCAAUGCCGUAACAGCGAGCGUGACCACAAAUACGUAUCUACUACGAUUGAUUUGAACAAGUGUGUUGCCAACAACCAUGGUGAGCUUGGCUGCUAA